CAGGUGAGAGCUAGAACACUGCAGGUACAGAACCAAAAAACAAAGCAAGAUGUCGGAGUUUCAGGACACUCCAAUGGUAUUGAUACCCUCUGGGAAGAAGUGUACAAAUUGUGGUGAACCAGUACUUGAACCAGAUGAAGAAGGAAAUGUGUUAGGUUGUCAGUGUUACCCUGAAGAUGAAGAAACCAAUGAAAAAUCGAGUCAAAAAGCUAAAGAGAAGCGGAAUAAAUCUCACUGGGCGGCUGGUUGUUUGGGGGACAUUGACUUUACUGGGUCCAACAAGUCCAGAGGCAAGUUCGUCAGGGUUAACAGUACCACAGAGCCUGAGCUAAUCUACCAGUUGCUGACAGAACAGUGGGGUCUUGCUCCUCCACAUCUGGUGGUGGGGCUUGUGGGUGGAGAUGAACAGGCCCAGAUGAAACCCUGGCUCAGAGACACAGUGAGGAAAGGAUUAGUGAAAGCUGCACAGAGCACAGGAGCAUGGAUCCUCACCACCGGUCUGCAGUUUGGCAUCACAAAGCAUCUGGGCCAGGCAGUGAGGGAUCACUCUCUGGCCAGCACUUCUUCAAAGGUCCGUGUGGUAGCCAUCGGAAUUACUCCCUGGACCAAGAUCAACAAACGAGAACAGCUGCUCUCUACUAAGCCUGAUCGGCCAGUGUCCUACUCCUCAGAGGAUCUUCCCCAUGGAGAUGUGUACUCUCUGGACUCCAACCACUCACAUUUCAUUUUAGUUGAAGAAGACCCGAAGAAGCCUGGUGCUACCAAUGACAUGCGUGUCAAAAUGCUAAAACACAUCUCUUUACAGCGUACUGGACAUGGAGGGCCUGGCAGCUUUGAAAUUCCAGUCUUAUGUCUGCUUCUUCACGGAGAGCCAAGGAUAUUGCAGAGGAUGUACAAGACAAUCCAAAAUUCAACUCCAUGGCUAAUUCUGGCUGGCUCAGGGGGUGUAGCAGACAUUUUGGUUACACUGAUUAACCAAGCCUGUUGGGAUACUGAGAUUGUCCAAGAUCUUCUAAUGGAGACAUUUCCUAGUUGCAAAAGUGCUUCAAUCACUUCCUGGGUCAAAUUGAUUCUGAAAAUUUUGGAAAAUCUCCAUCUCUUGAUGGUGCAUGACCCAGAGCAGGAGACCACUGAUCUAGACACCGUCAUCCUCAAAGCAUUAGUUAAAGCCAAUAAAAGUCAAAGUCAGGAGGCACAGGACUUCCUGGAUGAGCUGAAACUGGCUGUGGCCUGGAACAGAGUAGACAUUGCAAAAAGCGAGAUUUUCAAUGGAGAUGUAGAAUGGACUGCAGAAGAUCUUGAGGAGGUCAUGAUGGAUGCUUUAGUCACUGACAAGCCAGAUUUUGUUCGGCUGUUUGUGGACAAUGGAGUAAACCUGGCUGAGUUUAUGACGUACAGUCGUCUCCAGGAGCUCUACUGCUCUGUGCGUGAGAAAAGCCUCCUGUAUGAACUACUCCUAAAGAAACAUGAGAAACAGGCAAAGCUCUCAGGGCGAUCAGCUGGACCUGCUCACGUUGAUGUAGGGGAUAGACGACCUCGCUUCACUCUCCUUGAAGUCUCCAAGGUCCUGAAAGAUUUUCUGCAUGACUCCUGCAGGGGCUUUUACCAGAAACCUCUAGUGGAAAGAGGGGGCAGACUUUUUCACAACCAAAAAGACCUAAUCGACUUGGAGCAGCAUUGUGAGCAUCCCUUGAGGGAUCUCUUUCUUUGGGCUGUCCUGCAGAACAGACAAACAAUGGCCAACUACUUCUGGGCCUUGGGUCCAGAAGCGGUGGCUGCAGCCCUUGCUGGAUGUAAAAUCCUGAAGGAGAUGGCUCAUUUGGAGUCAGAGGCUGAAAAUGCUCGGAGCAUGAAGGAAGCCAAAUAUGAGCAGUUUAGUUUAGAUUUAUUCAGUGAGUGCUACUCUAACAGUGAGGAUCGAGCAUAUGCUCUGCUGGUGAGAAAGACCAGCUGCUGGAAUCAAACCACUGUGCUGAACCUGGCCACAGAGGCCGACGCAAAGUCCUUUUUUGCCCAUGAUGGAGUUCAGGCACUGCUGACUAAAAUCUGGUGGGGAGCCAUGACAACAGAUACCGCCAUCUCUAAACUGGUUGUGUCUUUUUUCUUUCCACCUCUAAUAUGGACCAAUCUGAUUAAAUUCAGUGAUCAGGAACUGGAGAAUCGAGUUGGAGGAGAGCAGUUUGCAGAGCUAGACAGUUUUGACACAGAGAAAGCCCUGCUACUGACUGAUGAGAACCCAGCCGAUGUCGAGGCAGCUGGUGAUUCUGCAGUUCAGAGCUGCGGUGCGACGUGGAGUCAGUUCAUCCUAAGACGUUGGAAGCGCUUCUGGAGUGCCCCCGUCACAGUGUUCCUAGGCAACGUCAUCAUGUACUUCGCUUUUUUAGUGCUCUUCACCUACGUAUUGCUACUGGACUUCCGGCCUCCACCUCCAAAUGGCCCUUCUCCGGCUGAGAUCAUUCUCUACUUCUGGGUCUUUACACUAGUACUGGAGGAGCUCAGACAGAGUUUUUUCUCAGAUGAAGAUAUGAGUAUAUUAAAGAAGUUUAAGCUCUAUGUGGAGGAUAACUGGAACAAAUGUGACAUGGUAGCCAUCUCUCUGUUCGUGAUUGGGGUGUCAUGCAGGAUGUCAGAAGGAACAUAUGAGGCUGGACGCACUGUCCUGGCAUUGGACUUCAUGGUUUAUACUUUAAGGCUUAUCCACAUUUUUGCCAUCCACAAGCAGCUUGGACCAAAAAUCAUCAUUGUGGAAAGAAUGAUGAAGGAUGUCUUCUUCUUUCUGUUUUUCCUGAGCGUGUGGUUGAUUGCAUAUGGAGUAGCAACUCAGGCUCUGCUCCACCCAAAUGACCCCCGACUUGACUGGGUUUUCCGCAGAGUGCUCUACCGACCUUACCUCCACAUAUUCGGCCAAAUUCCCUUGGAGGAGAUUGAUGCUGCUAAGAUGGCCCACGAUAACUGUACAAUGGAUCUACACCUGAUCAUCGAUGGCACUCUGCCCCCCUGCCCAAACAUCUAUGCUAACUGGCUGGUCAUCCUCCUGCUGGUUAUUUAUUUACUGGUCACUAAUGUUCUUCUGCUCAAUCUCCUUAUUGCAAUGUUCAGCUACACGUUCCAGCUUGUGCAGGGGAACGCUGAUAUCUUCUGGAAAUUUCAGCGAUAUAAUCUGAUUGUGGAGUACCACAGCCGACCUGCUCUUGCUCCACCUUUUAUUAUCAUAAGCCACAUUACUGAACUCUUUCUGUCUUUGUUUGGAAAGGCAGAGGAAAACAUUGAGAUCUUGGAGAGAGAGCUGCCACCAGGGUUGGAUCAGAAGUUGAUGACCUGGGAGUCUGUACAAAAGGAGAAUUAUUUGGCCAAACUUGAAAAACGUCACCUGGAAAGUAGUGAGGAGAGACUCAAGAGCACAUCUUCAAAGGUGCAAAGCCUGCUGAUGAGUGCAGCACGAUUUAAAGAGCAAGAAAAACGUUUGGUAUUUAUGGAGGCUGAGGUGAAAUACUGUGGAGAAGUACUAUCCUGGAUGGGAGAAUGCUUCAAGAGGAGUACACUAAAGUGUGACAGAGAUGUUCCCAAAAGCCCACGCACCAAGGCUAGCAGUAAAGGGGCAGCAAAUUCAUCAAAGAAAGAUGAAUAGGAAGCACAAGAUGGAGUGGGAUCAACAAGGAAAAGUCUCAAGUUGUGGAAUGAUUGUCGUGUCAAAAUGAUUGUUUAUGUGCUUUUGUGUGUUUAUGUGCAAAAUUGUUGAUUCAGCUAUUGUCAGAACUUGCGUUCGGUACCUGAGAUGAAAUUCCACCUUUACGAAAUGUCAAGAUUAAAGUUUGUAUGAAUGUGUUUUUUUCCUAUCUAUUUUUAAUGUUGUCUUUUUAGUUUUUUUUGUACGUCACGAAUAUUUUAAAUCCUCUGACUUCAUUUUCUGAUAAUUAAUGAAAAAUAAUAUAGAUUUGUAUUAUUAUUAAACAGCUUUUAACUGUAACAUUCAUGGAUUAAAAAAACCAAUGGCUAAUAUUCCAUUUU